AUGAUAAAUUACUUUAUGCUCCAUCUUUUCACUCACACUCUUCUCUCCCCGCAGAAACGUGCUGAAAGGGACGCUGCGGUUGCCCUGGGUUUCUACAAAUCGAUCGACAGCGCUCCUGAAAAGCCAUGGGGAAAACGAGGACUCACGAUGGUCAGCGACUUGACAAUGGCUCAGAAACGCACCCUUACUGCACUGCCAGCCAGUCUGGCCAACUGGAGUUCCCUGACCGACCAAGAACUAAAGCAACAUGUUUACCGUAAAACGCUACAAGCCCUCGCAUACCCAAUCUCCAGCAACACCCCACACAACUUUCAACUGUUCAACGCAACCAGUCCAACAUACUGCUACGAAUGCGAAGGGCUACUUUGGGGCGUGGCCCGACAAGGUUUGCGGUGUACCGAAUGUGGAGUAAAGUGCCAUGACAAAUGCAAAGGGUUGCUAAAUGCCGACUGUCUUCAACGUGAGUCGGUCGCGUUUUUUUUCUUGCGAUUGUUGUUUGGCUUUAGUUUUUAUCCACGUGGAUUAGAUUUGUGUUUACAUCACGUGAACAGUGCACCUCUACACGAAUAUUCGGGUCUGCGUUGUAUCGGAACCCUAAGCAAACCUGAUCUUUUCAUCAAGGAAACUACUCACAAGGUUGCUGAAAACUCUUCGACAGCCGACGACCGGUUUCACCCUUCUUGGGGCUCAUCAGGUAGGUGCAGUCCCCGAGUUUCCGUCAACCUUAUGUUGAACCCAAGAAGGGCGAAACCGCUCGUGGGCUGUCCAAGAGCUUUCAACGACCUUAAGCAACAUGUUUACCGUAAAACACUACAAGCCCUCGCAUACCCAAUCUCCAGCAACACCCCACACAACUUUCAACUGUUCAACGCAACCAGUCCAACAUACUGCUACGAAUGCGAAGGGCUACUUUGGGGCGUGGCCCGACAAGGUUUGCGGUGUACCGAAUGUGGAGUAAAGUGCCAUGACAAAUGCAAAGGGUUGCUAAAUGCCGACUGUCUUCAACGUGAGUCGGUCGCGUUUUUUUUUACUUGCGAUUGUUGUUUGGCUUUAGUUUUUAUCCACCUAAGCAAACCUGAUCUUUUCAUCAAGGAAACUACUCACAAGGUUGCUGAAAACUCUUCGACAGCCGACGACCGGUUUCACCCUUCUUGGGGCUCAUCAGGUAGGUGCAGUCCCCGAGUUUCCGUCAACCUUAUGUUGAACCCAAGAAGGGCGAAACCGCUCGUGGGCUGUCCAAGAGCUUUCAACGACCUUAACACAAGGUUGACGGAAACUCGGGGACUACGUCUACCUGAUGAACCCCAAGAAGGGCGAUACCGGUCUUGGGCUGUCGAAGAAUUUUCAGCAACCUUAUGA